CACUGGGAACAUAGAGAGUCCUUCCAUACUGCUGAGCAGCCUGACGCAGCUUCAGGUUCAGGUCAGAGUCAGAGAGGGCAGAAGGAGAACCCACCUGAGAAGAGAGAUUGGUGAAAACACUGACUGUGGGAAAUUCAGAGAGAAAAGAAGGAGGAAAAGGACACGGGUUCAUCUGACUGAGGACAGACUCUACAGCAGGUCACAUCAGGACUGAUAGAAGAAGAUGGACAUCCUUGAGACAGACGCGUACGACAGGAGACAGCGGAGAAACAUGUCCUGUGCUCUCUUUUUGUCUUUGUUGCCUUUCUUCGUAGCCUCAGCGGUGUACUUCUACCUAUGGACGCCUGAUUCCCCUGCGUCCAUCAUGUCUGCAGGUGUCAAGUCAGCACCGACACUCCUGCUGGCUCUGGUAGUACUCAGCUGGAACGGAGCUCACAGCGUCCUAGGUGUGGCUGGAGGGCUGCUCUUCUCUGCUGUUGGUGACUGCUGCCUGGUCUGGAAGGAGCUUUUCCUGUACGGAAUGGGUGCGUUUGCUGUGGCCCAUCUGUUGUACUCCAUCACAUUCCUCACGUCACGUUAUGCAACAUAUUCCUCUUCUUCUUUGAACCGCUUUCUUUAUCUAAUCCUGUUCGUGGCCGCAGUAGGUUUCUACGUCUACAUGUUCCCAUUCCUGCAGAAGGCACCGAACUCAGAGGUGAUUAUUCCAGCUGUUGGGGUCUACAUGCUCUUAAUCAUUCUAAUGGGGUCGUUAGCAAUUAAAACCCGCCAUGCAGCGACGCUGUUAGGCAGUUUGAUUUUCAUGGCAUCUGACAUGGCGCUGGCUCUGCAGAUUUUUAAGGUGAUGCCACAUAUGGAGCAUGGGAACACAAUAGUCAUGGUAACGUAUUAUUUGGCCCAGCUGCUAAUUGCUGUGGGUGAUGUAAAAGCAGUGGAAAACAAAGAUGACUUUUCAAAGUGGAAGAGGUCAUAAGCAGAGUUUCUUUGGCAUUCAAUAAAGUAUCUACCUACGUUUGUUUGGUAACAUUCCCAAGCUGCCUAUAAAUACCUUCCAAUAGGUCACUGAUUUAAAAAAAAAAAAAAAAAAAUGAAAUGAAAUGAAAUGAAGACAACAGAGGAAGA